AAUCAAGUUGGCAGUCCGCGCUUGGAAUUUCGCGGUUAUUUUUUGUUUUUGUUUAUUUUUAGUUUAAUUUAUGUAGUUUAAGAUAAAUUGUAUAUUAAUAGAAUAUUUAAUAAUUAUGGCAUUUUCACAAUCCUUUGAAUUUGGCGACAGUACGUUUAUGAAACUGGAAAACGAAUUAAAAGCACCCAGUACCGAGAACAACGAAAACAAUAACAAGCAGGAAACGAAUGCCUUGGAUGUUAUACAGGAAUCGCCGCCAAAAUUUAAAUUGAAAUCUCAGCGUGUUUACACACAAGUUGUGUCAAAUAGAUCGAAGUUAUCACAGCGCCAGCGAUUUCGUCGCAGUAAAUCCGACUCCAAAUUGGGAGGAGCAACACCAGCAAUAAAUGGCAGCUGUGAAAAAUAUUCCCAGUUCUUUAAGGACAACUUUUCGUACGAUAAAGAGCCGGAGAAGAAUAGGGAGGAGUCACCAAACGAGGAAUCGUUAAUGCGUGUCUCUCAAAUCCAGGCAGACUUGGAUGCAGAAAAGGAAUCGCUUGAAGCCAGCUAUGAACAUCUAAAUACCACUUCCAUUUUUGAGGCACAAAUUUGUACAGAAGAUGUUUUUGGUACAGAGACGGAGCCGGAGCCGGAGUCGGAGCUUGAGCAGAAUGGGAGCAGAAGCAGCGCACCCAUUGAAUUGGAAAAUUUGGAUGAGAGCAGCUUUCUGGCACCCGCCAAGGAUUCACACGCAGCGCAACAACUGCAGCAGGAUCUCAUACGCAGUCGCUGUGAACUGGCCAAGCAGAAUCUUGGCUGCACGCAAAGAUUGACCCAAAAUCUAAGCAGCAUGUCACCCAAUCAACUGCACCUCUCGCCCAGUUGCCCUGUUGAAAAAGAGUCACCUAAACCUCAGCCGCCUGUGGACAUCAAGGCGCUCAAGCAAAUCUCCGCCUGGAAUUUGCCGCACAGUGUGUUAGCGGAGUAUAAGAAGAAGGGCGUCAUAGAAAUGUUUGACUGGCAGGUGGAAUGCCUUAGCAAGCCAAAGGUGCUCUUCGAGCAUUGUAAUCUAGUCUAUUCCGCACCCACAUCCGCUGGCAAGACGCUGGUCAGUGAGAUUCUGCUCUUGAAGACGGUGCUGGAACGUGGCAAGAAGGUGCUGUUGAUCCUGCCGUUCAUUUCGGUGGUGCGCGAGAAGAUGUUCUAUUUGCAGGAUCUGCUGACGCCAGCUGGCUACCGCGUGGAGGGCUUCUUCGGCGGUUACAGUCCGCCAGGUGGCUUUGAGAGCAUUAACGUGGCCAUCUGCACCAUCGAGAAGGCCAAUUCGAUUGUCAACAAGCUGCUGGAGCAGCGUAAACUCGAGGAUCUUGGCACUGUGGUUGUGGACGAGGUGCAUCUCAUAUCGGAUGCGGGUCGUGGCUAUAUCUUGGAGCUGCUGCUCGCCAAGAUUUUGUACAUGUGUCGCAAGCAGGCGUUGCACAUCCAGGUGAUCACCAUGUCCGCCACCUUGGCCAACGUCCAGCUGCUGCAGCAUUGGCUCAACGCCGAGCUCUAUAUAACAGACUUUCGUCCAGUGGCGCUGAAGGAGAUGAUCAAGGUGGGCAGCAAGAUCUAUGGCAAUCAGUUGCAGCUGCUAAGGGACUUAAGUCGCAAUUCGGAUGUGCCAACACUUGCUAACGACGGCGAUCAUGUGGCGCAGCUGUGCAUCGAAACGCUGCUGGAAGGCUGCUCCGUAGUGGUCUUCUGCCCAUCCAAAGACUGGUGCGAAAACCUGGCCGUGCAGCUAGCCACGGCCAUGCACACGCUCAUCAAGUCCGAGAGCAAUGUGGGCAAACGACUGCGCGCUCAACUCAACCAGCUGGCCAUAGAUGAAGUCAAGCAGCAGCUGCGCGAUAUACCCACAGGUCUCGAUUCCGUUAUGUCAAAGGCAAUAAGCUAUGCCUGCGCCUUUCAUCAUGCCGGCUUGACUACGGAGGAGCGCGAUAUCGUGGAGGCCAGCUUCAAGGCGGGCGCAUUGAAGAUUAUUGUGGCCACCAGCACCUUGAGCUCAGGUGUUAAUCUACCCGCUCGGCGCGUGCUCAUUCGCUCUCCCCUGUUUGGGGGCAAGCAGAUGAGCUCGCUGACCUACAGGCAAAUGAUUGGGCGCGCCGGCCGCACCGGCAAGGAUACACUGGGCGAGUCCAUACUCAUCUGCACCGAGAGCAAUGCACGCAUCGGUCGGGAGCUAGUCACAGCACAGCUAAAGCCUAUUAGCUCCUGCUUGGAUCUGGAUGGCAGCACGCAUUUGAAACGCGCGCUGUUGGAGGUGAUCUCAUCUGGUGUGGCCAGCACCAAGCGGGACAUUGAUAGCUUCUUCAGCUGCACAUUGCUCAGUGCGCAGCGACAAUGCAGUGCGUCAGUCAAAGAGGAGGCGCAGGAGGAGGAAGAAACACAGGACAUAAGCGAUGCUCUAGAUUUUCUACUGGAAUACGAGUUCAUACGCCUGCAAUCGGAUGAGGAAACGGAUAUGCAAAACUAUGUGGCCACACGCUUGGGUGCUGCUUGUCUAGCCUCAUCGAUGCCACCUACGGACGGACUCUUGCUCUUUGCCGAGCUGCAAAAGUCGCGACGCUGCUUUGUCCUAGAAUCGGAGCUGCAUGCCGUUUAUCUGGUGACGCCCUAUUCCGUCUGCUAUCAGCUACAGGAUGUUGACUGGCUGCUCUAUCUGGACAUGUGGGAGAAACUGAAUCCCGCCAUGAAGAAGGUGGGCGAACUGGUCGGCGUCAAGGAGGCGUUCCUAGUGCGGGCAAUGCGCGGCCAAGCCAAACUGGACUAUAAGCUCAUGCAGAUCCACAAACGCUUCUAUACGGCACUGGCAUUGCAGGAGCUGGUGAAUGAGACGCCCAUCAAUGUGGUGGCCCACAAGUUCAAGUGCCAGCGCGGCAUGCUACAGAGUCUGCAGCAGAUGGCCUCCACGUUCGCUGGCAUUGUGAGCGCCUUUUGUAACUCCUUGCAGUGGUCCACUUUGUCGUUGGUCGUCUCACAGUUCAAGGACCGACUCUACUUUGGCAUACAUCGCGAUUUGAUUGAUCUGAUGCGUCUGCCCGAUCUGAGCCACAAGCGCGCACGCGCACUUCACGAUGCGGGCAUCACUAGCUUGGUGGAGUUGGCUUCCGCCAAUGUGCUUGCUCUGGAGCAGGUGUUAUUCGAUUCGCUAAGCUUCGAUUCGGCUAAGCGGCACGAGAACGAGAAUGAGCUUCAGGCCGCUCAACGCAAUACGGCCAGAAAUUUCUACAUUACCGGCAAAGCUGGCAUGACUGCGACCGAGGCGGCCAAGCUACUCAUCAAGGAAGCGCGUCAAUUUGUGCAGCACGAAAUCGGAGUUGGCAGCAUUCAAUGGACGCAGUCAGUCAAAGCAGUAGAACAGCUGCACAUGUCUUUAGAGGAGGCGCAUCCAGUGGGCAUAGAGUUGAGCUCGCAACGAAAGCGCAAGACGCCAGACAGCGCAGAGAGGCCAUCAUCAAGAAAGAUAGCCAAGCUGGAUGAGCCGCAGCCUGAGACAAUCAGCAAAAGCGAACUGAAGUGCGUGAAGCAGGAUAUUACAAUGAAUGUAGAAACUAAAGUCCAAGCCCUGUCCUCAGCAUUUGUACCUCCUAAAGCUGCCAGCACAAAUAACGUUGUGCCUGUAGAAGGCAGAGUCAAGGAGCUGAGUGCAGCAGUUGUCAAGGAGCCAAGUCCACUAGCUGUAGCCACACCAAAGCCUCUCCUCGAGCGCAAUCAACUGAGCUCAAUCAAAGUCCCCGAAGAUGAGAAGCCAAGCACCAGCGCAGCUAGUCGCAAGGAGCUGCUGCAGAAAGAGAUUGAGGAACGGCGACGCGUGGCCAUGAUGAAAAUAAGCAAGAAGCGCGCUGAAAUGGAAAAUAUGCAUAAAGGAUUGGCUAGUAAUGCGCUUCCUGAGACAAUGUUGGGUCAAAUGCCACCAACAACAGCAACAGGACACACGGAAAAUGUAAAGGAAAAUCUACCAAACAACGAUUUCAAGACGCCCACAAGACUGGCGGAGACCAAGUGCAAUAACGGCAAGGAAACGGUUAAGCAACUACCACGACGCAGUCCACGAAAUCAUCAAAGCACCCAGUCAAAUAAGCAAGCUGCAGCUGUGGAGCAGCAGAAGGACCAGGAGCAGGAACUCUUCGCGAGCGAUGACUCCUUCAUGCUUAACACGGGGCUGACGGCCGCUCUGACAGCUGCUGAAAGCAAAGCCCAAGCGGAUGCUGAUGAAAUACCCAGUUCACAGCCAAAGGCUGGGACUCCAGGCAGCUGCAGAACUCUAAUCUCGAGUCAGUUGAUCCGCUCGCAACGCAGAAAAACUCCCAGGCCGGAGGCAGCAAGAGGUGCUCAGCUCGUGCAGCAGUCCACAUCGAAAGCUGCCUUCGCCAGCGAAGCUCAGCUGAAUCAGCAAUCCUCCUCUAGAGAAGCUAAGCUGCAAGAGGAGCCGAAUUUCGCCUCUUCCAGUGAACAGCAAUCCACAUCGACCGCCGCCUCCUCCUCCAUUGAGCUGUCCAAUAUGUCGCUAGAAAACUCGCUGAUAAAGCAUCCAUUGCAGCUGAAUGCCUCGCAUAUAAUGAGCUGCUCCAAGACGGAGGAAAAUGCGUCCAGUUUUAGCAGCAUUGACAUCAUUGACAUAUGCGGCAACCGACAGCUCUUCCAGAUGGCCACCCAAGAGCUGCUCCAAUCAAAACGUUGCGGCUUCAGCAUCGGCCUGCAGCCACAGACGGGCAAGCGGAAGCCACUGAUUGGUGGCAAUCUGUUGAUCAACCAGAUGGCCGCUGCGGCAGAGCGUGAGGCAGCUGCAGGCACGAGCGUGCAGUUCCAAGUGGAUGAUAGCUCUUAUCUAGCAGGAGUGGCCUUUUGCCUAAACGACAAUGUGGUCUACUAUAUGAACAUGCAGCCAGAGGAGAAGCAGCAGCAGGUUAGCAGCGAGUUGAAGGUGCAGCAUUUGUGCAGCCUGCUGAGCCGACAGGACUUCACACUGCUCACACACGAUGCCAAGGAGCAGCUAAAGAUGCUGCGUCAAGCUGUGCCACAGCUGAAGGACGUUCAAGUGAUGCUCGAGGAUCCGAAGGUGGCCAACUGGCUGCUACAGCCAGACAAAACGCUUAGCUUUCACAAUAUGUGCCAGCAAUUCGCGCCGGAGUGUGGGGCGCUGGCUAAUCUCUGCGGCAGUGGACGCGGCUAUAGCAGCUUUGGUCUAGAUGCCAGCAGCGCCAUCGUGGCCAAGGUGCGUGCCUCCAUUGAGGCUUGUGUCACUGUGCACAUACUAAACGGACAGCUUGAGAAUCUGGAAAGGAUUGGCACUGGACAGCUGCUCAAGUUCUUCAGAGAGGUGGAGAUGCCCAUACAACUGUCGUUAUGCCACAUGGAAUGCAUUGGCUUUCCAGCCAAGGAGCACAGCUUGCAGCGUCUCUUUCAACAGAUGCUGGCAACCAUGAAGAGGCUAGAGUCCAAGAUCUACGAGCUACAUGGUUCACGCUUCAGUUUGGGUUCCACACAGGCGGUGGCCAAAGUUCUCGGACUGCAUCGCAAGGCCAAUGGACGCGUUAGCACCUCGCGGCAAAUUCUGGAAAAGAUCGAUUCGCCCAUAUCCCAGCUAAUACUCAACUAUCGAAAGCUGAGCAUGUUGCUCGCGAAGAGCAUGCAGCCGCUGCUCAAAUGCUGCCAGGCGAAUCGUAUACAUGGCCAGAGCAUUACCUUUACAGCCACUGGGCGCAUCUCCAUGUCGGAGCCGAACUUGCAAAAUGUAGCCAAGGACUUUAAUAUCGAAUUGGCCAAAGAACAGCUUAAAAUCUCGUGUCGCAGCGCCUUUGCGCCUAUGGAUGAGAAACGUUGCCUGAUCUCUGCUGACUUUUGUCAGCUGGAGAUGCGCAUCUUAGCGCAUCUCUCACAGGACAAAGCGCUCCUGCAAGUGAUGAGCUCGAGCCAAGAUCUAUUUACAGCAAUUGCGGCGCACUGGAAUAAAAUAGACGAAUCGAAUGUAUCCGAACAGCUGCGUAAUGGCACCAAACAAAUUUGCUAUGGCAUUGUCUAUGGCAUGGGCAUGCGCAGCUUAUCGGAAGCUUUGAAAUGCACAGAGCAGGAGGCACAAAUGAUAACGGAACAGUUUCAUCUGGCCUACACAGGCAUCAAAGCAUAUGCCAUGAAAGUUGUAAAAUUCGCACGUAACAAUGGCUACGUGGAGACUAUCACAGGAAGAAGACGUUACCUGGACCACAUUAACAGUGGCGAGCUGCAAUUGAAGACUCAAGCUGAACGCCAGGCCAUCAACUCGACUAUCCAAGGCUCUGCAGCUGACAUAGCCAAAAGUGCAAUUCUGCGCAUAGAAAAGAAUCUUGGACGAUAUCGUGAAAAGCUGGGCUUGGCCAAAAAUGCCGUAAAUCUCGUCUUACAGCUGCAUGACGAACUAAUCUUUGAGGUGCCCACGGAUAAAGCUAAGAAAGUGGCAAAAGUUUUAAGUUUAACAAUGGAAAACUGCGUUAAGUUAAAUGUGCCGUUGCGAGUAAAGCUGAAAAUCGGACGCAGCUGGGGCGAACUGCAGGAAGUCAAGGUUUAAACUGGAGACUAAAAGCUUGUCCUUGAAUUGAAAGCACGAAAAGCAUCCGUUUUGCAUUAGUAAUGGGGUUACUCUUAUAACUCAUUAAGCGAUGUGUGGGAUGCGUGCAAAUAUUUGAACCUCGACAAAGUGGUUAAUCGAUUCGAUGUAAACACAAAAGUUAUCGACUGAUAUGUUAUCGAUAGUAAUAAAUUUGAGCAUUCCGAAGCGCGAGCUUCGCCCCAACUGCUGCUUCCUGACAUAUACAUAUAUAUAUUU